GCUACACACCGUGAUUGAAAGGUCCUCGGGUCCAAUUGCAAGCGAAUAUUUUUUCUGCAUAUACACGUGUGGACCAAUCAUCAACUUGAAGGUUAAAGCAGACGCACACGUGGUUAUGACAUGGCUGCGCCCAGGCUGAGUUAGGAUAAUGGAGUAAACGAAGCAUAUUCGGUAAAAGGGAAAGAGAAUUAUAGAUAAGUAACGAAUAGCGGAUGUUAUCUGGAAGGUGUUUUUAGCAGAUCUACGUUGGUCAACAGUUUCAGGUGAAUCUGUUCGUGCACAGCUAGCAUAUAUAGCAUGUUUGCUAGUGUGAUUCAGUCCAGAGUCGGUUCUGUAACAUGUUAUAAAGCAAGACAGCAUAUAGGGUAUCUUUAGGCUAAGUGUAUCAUCUUUACUAAGUACAAUUUGGGUUCACACACAGCGCAAAGAUGUCAAGUCAAGAACCAGUAACCUCGCAAACAAUGCCGAGAGGCUUGCAUGUCGAAAUGCUUAUCAAAAACUUUGAAAAGCUUUCGAACGAUGACAGAACCCUCUUUUCAAACGGAUCCAUGUAUUUGGGGGUAAAUGCGGGCUUUGCUGGAUUGAUAGCAAACAGUUUCUUUCGGCGUCUACUCAAUGUCACACAAGGGCGCAUAACGUCCAGUCUUCCAAUGGCAACAUUACCUUUUCUAACCACUGUGGCACUGUACAAUGCUACUGUGACAAACCCCUUACUUUUGGGAGAGCUCAACUGUCCUACGUGUGUGGUGGUCAGAGGUGCCUUGGUAGGAGUGGCGGCCGCUGGAGUGUAUCCUCUUAUUUUGGCUCUACCCGUCAAUGCAGGGCUUGCAUCCAGAUACAACACGGCACCAAUGCCAGAGAAGGGAAACAUCAUGCGGUAUUGGGUGAACGCCACUCGUCCCGUUGUGAGAAAAAUGUCUUUUAUAUUUGUGUUGCAAGGAUUGUUUGGGGCCUACGUUUCCAAAAGACAUUUUGACAUUUAUCUAACAUUGCUGAAAAUGACCGGCACGGAUGAUGAACUCCAUGAUUAGGUGUUGUCUGUGUAGUACGUCUAAUUCGUUUUUGUACAGAAAUUAAACUAAGCAUGUACCCCAA